CACUGAGCCGGCGGCUCCCGCGGGCGAGGCGGGACGGGCCGGGCCCUGCGUCCGCACGGCACCGACCUGCCCGGCACCGACCUGCCCGGGUGAAGAGGCACAGAGAGGAGCUGAGGCUGCUCCCGCUCGGGGACGGGGACAGUGACACAGCCCAAGUGCCCAGGCGGCCCCGGCAGCCAAGAUGUCCCUGAAGGUGCAGACGAGCAACAUCACCAACAAGAAUGACCCCAAGUCCAUCAACUCGCGGGUGUUCAUCGGCAACCUGAACACGGCGCUGGUGAAGAAGUCCGACGUGGAGACCAUCUUCUCCAAGUACGGCCGCGUGCUGGGCUGCUCGGUGCACAAGGGCUACGCCUUCGUGCAGUACUCCAACGAGCGGCACGCGCGCGCCGCCGUGCUGGGCGAGAACGGCCGCGUGCUGGCCGGCCAGACCCUGGACAUCAACAUGGCUGGGGAGCCCAAACCCAACAGACCCAAAGGGCUGAAGAGAGCAGCCUCUGCCUUGUACAGUGGCUACGACUUCGACUAUGACUAUUACAGAGACGAUUUCUACGACAGGAUCUUCGAGUACCGGGGCCGGGUGUCGCCGGUGCCGCGGGUGGUGCCGGUGAAGCGGCCGCGCGUCACCAUCCCGCUGGUGCGGCGCGUCAAGGCCUCGCUGCCCGUCAAGCUGUUCGCCAGGUCGGCCGCCAUCAACAGCUCGGCCAAGAUCAAGUUGAAGAGCAGCGAGCUGCAGACAAUCAAAACUGAGCUGGCACAGAUCAAAUCCAACAUUGAUGCUCUCCUGGGCCGGCUGGAGCAGAUUGCUGAGGAGCAGAAGCUGUCUGCAGAGGCCAGGAAGAAGGAGAGCAGCAAGAGCGAGGUGUCCCAGGAGGACACGGCCUCCGAGGCCGAGGCCGCCGCCGAGGAGCCGCUCAACGGGGACGAGGGCGAGGAGGAGGGGCUGGCACGGGAGGAGUGCGAAGAUGAACUGGAGAACAGCCAUUACACAGCCGUGGAGGAUGCCAGGCUACAGUAACCAGCUAUGAGCAACAGUGUGAGGAAAGCACGAGGCUAAACCCUGUCCUGGCACGUUGAGCAAGACAAGCUGAAUGGAAGUGCUGCUGUCAUCUCUACCUGGCAUUCAAAGGAGAAACAUGGCCCAACAUCCUCCAUCCAUCUGUAAAGCAAAGGCAAAGAAAACUCAUCCUCCCAGCAGAUCCCCACCACCCCUGCCAUGGAUUUGGAGCUCUGCAGCCAGCAGAGGAGGCAGGAGCCAGACCUGCAGAGCCCAGAGCACCACAGAGACCAGGAGAGCAGGUGUGUCCCCAGGGGAGCCAGAGGUGUUCUAGAGCUGCUUGCAGGAGAGCAGAGAGAACUCAGCCCAGCCCAGUAAAGACAUUUUUCCUGUGCAAGGUGAGAGCCAGAGCAUUUCCUAACUGAGGGGAAAGUGGUGUCUCAGUCUGGACAGUUUGUGUUCUUGUGCUGAAGAUCCUGUUGAGUCAGAGGCUGUGGGGUGAGCUGUCCUCCAGCACGGCCACCUCCUGUCACCUCUUGUGCCCCAUGAGCUGCUGUGUGUCAUGGUCACUCCCAGUGGAAAGGAGUUGGUGCUGGAGCUGCUGCUGUGCUCUGGGAAGCUGCUUUGAGAGGGAAGGAGAGAGGAAGCUGCAGGAAAGCAAGUGAUCCCAAGCAGGAGGGAGCAAGCAAACGUCACCCUCGGUGGUUUGGUGUCCUCAUUCUCCACCGUGUCAGGGCUGAGCAAGCCUCUGCAGAGUGAGGGGGGAAAGGUGUGGAUGAGACCCUUUCCUUGGACCAGCUGCUCCCUGGAAGGGAUGUGGAGCACCCACCUGCAGCCUGGAGCCAGAGACAUCAGCCCUUCCCUGCUGCCCAGGCAGGACACGGCCAGAGCCACUCCUGCUGCUGCCUGAGCUCCAUCGCAGGGGCUGGGACAGGAGCACCCCAGCACCGUGCAUGUGCCUGUGCCAGCACCUCCCCUGCCCCAGGGCCCUGCUGGGAGCACUGGGCUCCUCGGAGGCCCCUCUCCUCCUCCUUUCUCCUUCCUGGGCUCGUCCCGUUCUCCCGGGCUGGGCGGGACUGAAACUCACGCAGCACUUUAUUCAGACCUGGUGUGUCCUGCCCGUCCCUUCCCCUCCAGAACACACACACACCCACACACACACACACAGAACACACACACACAUCCACACAAACACACACCCACACCCACACACACAUAUCAGUGCUUGGAACCCAGAGCAGUGUCCACACCUUCCCCUGCCUGGCCAAUCCCUCCCACACAACACCUGUGUGGUCCUGAGUGCUCCAACCUCAUCCACAGCAUCUCUUGGAAAGGUGAAAGGAAAACAGCUCCAGGGGUGACACUUGCCUGUCCCUGGUGCCACCCUGGAGCAGGCAUGGCUCUUGAAGCACAAAGUUUUCUUUGCAUUUCUCAGUUUGGGCUGCUCGAGGAGGGGUUGGAGCAGCGCCGUGCUUGCCCCGCCCUCGCCCGGUUCCUGUGCAAGGUCUGCACUGAGCUGUCCCCAGCUGUUCUCCAGGCCUGGAGAGAUGAGCUGCAGCUUUGGCUGUGAGCUGACUGUGCUGCUGCUGGUUGGGAGAGAGGUGACCUUGUACAUACAAUCCUGUAUAAUAAAAGAAAGAAAGAAAUCUAA